ACACUUUUCAACACCCCCCCUCCCUUUUUUUCCCUAAUGUUUUUUAAAAUCUAAAUGGAGGACAAACAAUUUUUUUAAAAAGCCAUGGCUACAGAGAUCAGGCCAUGGGGGUAAGAAAGCUGUCCUGAGUUUUAGGGGGAUUGUUGAUAACAUUUUUAGUGAAACAGUUUUGUAGGCAGCCAUUCUGUGUUAGUUGUUAACAAAAACAAACUUAAAGAUACUUUGUAGCAAUGCCUGCAAAGCAACCAUUACAAUUUUGUUGAUUAUUAUCUUGUCUGAGCCCCUAGAGAAUAUAUUUUUGUUUGUUUUUAUAAAACAUUGUUAUGCAGACUGUAACCUAGAUGAUGUACACUGGUUUACAGAAUAAGGGAACUAUAAACUGUCUGUUACUAAGGACCUGUGGUUUCAAACGUGGGGUGUUUCUGCAUGCUGUUUUAUUGAAAUACAUCUGUAAAUAAAGGGAUGUGUCUUCAUAUAGGUUUGUUUUUUAAAGUGCUUAUCACUUUACAAGACUUAAUAUAACUUUUACUUGCAUUUGUUAAAAGUUUGCAGAAGCAGCAGCCUUCUUAUCUCUGAUCCAUUGACUCAUAGAUGCUGUUUUUGCUAACAAGAGUUUUGCUGCACCUUCAAAUUGUUCUCACUAAAAAAUAACCAGUUAGUCUAAAACAUAAGGGAAAACUUUUAAAAUUGUUUGUUACUAAGGGCUUAUGGUUUUAACUUUUAUUAAAGCCCCUAUGUAAAAGGGCUACAUGGCAGAAAAAAUCUGAGGAGUCUGUUUUUUUAGAUAAGAAUAAGGCAGUUAAAGGGGGAGGAGAGAUGGCUCUUGUUUAAAAACCUUGGGAUUAUAGGAUUGAUUCAGAAAAAUGAAUUCUAUGCCACUGAUGUAGAACAACAUCUGAUUGGGUCGAUCCAAAGGAGAUGAUAAUAAGCCUGAGAGCUGUGAACCUGGGAAGUUGCCUCUUUCUGCAGAAACACUUGGAAGGGUUAUCAACUGAGAAUAACGUGCUGAAUAUUUCUUGGAUGGCAGAGAACAGUGCUCUGCUUUCAUUCAAAGGCUACAUUUUUCAUUGCUUGGACUUGAUCUGAAUUGCAAGAGAGGAGAAACUUGCCAUUUCUUCCUACAAAGUCAAUUCUAGUGCAGGAUUGUCUAAUCACCUCUUCCACAUUUUCCUAAUUAACAGGACAGCACAAGAUGACUGAAGAAGCUUUCACAACAACCUACUACUACGAUACUGACUUAGAACCAUGCCAAAAAGCUGAUGUCAAAAAAUUUGCAUCCCUGUUUUUGCCACCGCUUUAUUCUUUGGUGCUGAUAUUUGGCCUGCUAGGCAAUGCGCUAGUUGUGCUGAUCCUGAUAAAAUACAAGAAGCUGAGAAGCAUGACUGACAUCUAUCUGCUGAAUCUGGCAAUUUCCGAUUUACUCUUUAUUCUUUCCUUACCAUUUUGGGCUUACUAUGCAGCACAUGAGUGGGAUUUUGGAAAUGCAAUGUGUAAAAUUCUUUCAGGGGUCUAUUAUGCUGGCUUCUACAGUGGAAUGUUUUUCAUAAUACUUUUGACAAUAGAUAGAUAUCUGGCCAUUGUCCAUGCAGUGUUUGCUUUAAAAGCUAGGACAGUAGCCAAUGGUAUCUUCACAAGUGUUGUCAUUUGGGGUAUAGCAAUAUUAGCCUCUCUUCCAGGGUUUAUAUUUCACAGUGUUCAAAAGGAAGGUGCUCAUUGGACCUGCAGCUCUCAUUAUCCAUCAGAUUCCAAAAUCAAAUGGAAGGAAUACCUGACUUUAAAGAUGAACAUCCUGGGACUUGUCAUUCCACUGGUCAUUAUGACCUUCUGCUAUGCAGCGAUUAUAAAAACAUUACUGAGAUGUAGGAAUGAGAAAAAACAAAAGGCAGUCAGGCUUAUUUUUAUCAUAAUGAUUGUUUAUUUUAUCUUCUGGACACCAUUCAACAUUGUUGUUCUCAUAUACAGUUUUCAAGAUUCAUUUUCCCUAAAUAACUGUGAGAGCAGUAGGCAGCUAGAGCUAGCAAUCCAAGUGACAGAAGCGAUUGCAAUGAUCCACUGUUGUAUCAACCCCGUGAUCUAUGCUUUCAUUGGUGAAAAGUUUAGGAAAUAUCUUUAUACCUUUUUCCAAAAACACAUUGCAAUCUACCUCUGCAAACACUGUCCAGCUCUUCAUGGUGAUAAAUUAGAACGGGUUAGCUCUACAUACACCCCUUCUACUGCAGAGCAUGAUAUCUCCAUUGGUUUGUAAAGUGCCUUAGAAAUGUAGCUAAUAAAAGUUUCAUUGUCCUUUUUUGUUUAAUUGCACAAUAUUUUAAGUAAACUCUUAUGGUCAUCGCAUUAAGACCUGAACAGUUACCAAUCACAGUAAUUAAUUUUUUUUGUGACAUUGCGGUAAUUCUCAUUUUUCGUAUAGGGAAUAUUAAAAAUCCCACAGGAAAAUUCAAAUACGGCACUGUAACAUGGCACCCAAUGUAGUAUGAUUUUGCUCUUUAAACCUGGACUCUGAUCAAAGAACUCUUCCUCAGGAAACAUAAUUCAGAAGAUGACUUGAAGAGGGCAAGGAAAAAGGUUUUUCUUCUCUCAAGAACCAUGUACCUAUAUGCAAAACCACAAGAAAAAUUUUAGGAGGAAGGCAUCCAUGGGAGGACAUUAUGCCCAUUUACAUGGGGCUUGAUGCAUCUUUUUACUUCAAUAUUCAACAUUAAUGGAACAUUUCAGGAAAAAAAACUUUGUAGCAAAAUUAUAAAAGGUUCUAAAAUUCCCAUGCAUUUUAUAAGUUUGAUUAUAUUAUGAAAAAAAAAAGCUAGUAACUCUCUGAGGUGGGAAGGAUUUAUUUACAAUUACACUGACACCUUGUUUUUCCUAUAAGGUUUGAAGAGCUGUUAAAUCUUCAUAAAACAGAGAUUUUGAUAAACAGGCAUUGUGCACACUUCUGUUAAGUGAUAUGGGAUAUGACUGACCUUCUGUUAACCAGAAUUGUGUUAAGGAGGUGUAUCCUAUUAGCUGGUGGCUGACUGUUUAAAAUAAUUCUUUCCCCUUGACUACUGCAUUCAAUUAUUUUGAUUUCACAUGAGUAAGAACUGGCAGGAUCAGAUCCCAAUAUCUUAGCACUUACAUAUUGCUUUGCAGCCUCACACCUCUGUGCAUAACUAGUUAUUCAUCCUGAGGACAGCCCCCUGAGGUAAAUAUCUGCAGUAUUACAAAGUGACGGCAGAAAAUGACUCUCCCAGUAAACUUCCUUUCAUGGAAAAAAUAUUUUCUGCACGUUUGCACUAAUGUGAAAGCACUUUUUUAAUACCAAAUGCAUGUCAAUGUUAUGUUUAUAAAUCUAUUCCAGUUUUAUUGAGCUUUCUCCAUUUCCAUUUUUAUUGGGGUGUGAAUUCUGAUGCUACAAUUUUAUGCUUCUUUCUCUUUCCACAUUAAUGCAAGUUAUUAAUAAAAUCAUUGUUUGAAAAGUUCCAUAUA